UUAUCUCAUUGGACAUCCAGCUUGACUUGUGUUCUGUUGUGAAAUUUCAGAAUGGCCAACGGGUGCGAUUGGAUCAACGAUGCUUUGCUGGAGCAUGUGCUAAAGGCUGAGCAAGGUUCCAAUCGGAAGAAUCAGAAUCUUCAGAUAGUUGAAUUCAGUGUUUCGCCCGCUACUAAAAAGGGCGAUAACUAUGCUAGUGAAAUGUUGAGAGCCACGGUAGAGUAUAUGCGGGAUAAUAAACGCGAAAAAUGUACUCUGAUUUUGAAGGUUAUUCCAUCCGGAGACAUACAACGAGUUGUGAUGGAAAAGAAUAACAUUUUCCCCAGAGAGAUCGCCGUUUAUAAAGACAUUCUUCCAGGAAUCCAUCAGUUAUUGAGAACCAUAGGAGAUUCAACUUCAAUUUCUCCCCAAUGCCUACUCACAACGAAUGAACCGAAAGUCAUGCUAGUAUUCGAAGAUUUAAAGGCAAAGGGCUAUCAGAUGGUGGAUCGGAAACGGGGUUUGAACAAAAAUCAAACCAGAUUGGUUUUGAAAAAAAUAGCAAAGUUACAUGCCUGCUCCGCUGUUCUGUAUCAGAAGAAUCCCGAAAUUAUGGAGCCGGUCCUUGAGGGUGCGAUCAGUACCAAUCCAAAUAGGCAAGAUUUUCUUAUUUUCUAUAAAAUGUGUGCCCGGCAAGUGAUAAAACUUGUUGAUAGUUGGAACGAUCCAAAAUACCAAUCUAUUUUGGAAAAACUUCGUAAUCUGCCGGAAACCACAAUUGCCAAAGGUUGCCAAGUCUACACGCGAAAUGAUGCCGUUUUCAAUGUACUGAAUCACGAUGAUGUCUGGACUAGUAAUUUGAUGUUCAAAUACGAAGGCGACAAACUAGAUGAUGUUCUAAUGUUUGACUACCAGCUGGCGUAUUUUGGAUCUCCUGGAGUGGACUUGAAUUAUUUCCUGUAUGGAUCGGUUCAACCGGAUAUUCGCGAACAAUGUUGGUUAGAACUUAUAAGGGAGUACUAUGACAUUCUUAACGAAACGUUGAAGAAAUUAAACUACGAAGGUCACAUUCCAUCGCUUCAAGAGAUACACGUUGAAAUCAUACGAUCUGGAUAUCACAGUGUCAACGCGGUGUUUUGCUUACUGCCCCUAGCCAUGAUGGAGAACACUGAGAAUGCCGAAAUGGAUGUGUUUCUUCAGGAAAGCGAUGCCGGGGCAGCAUUCCGUCAGCAAAUAUUUGCCAACCCGAAGUAUGAACCUAUUCUCAAAGAGGCCUUGGUGAAGUUUGACCUUUUAGGUUAUUGGCAGUCAGUCCGCGUCGUGCGUUUGUGUGCACCAGGCAAAACACGGUCCGCUAUGACGGAAUAUUGCGAAAUUGAGUGUGCUUCGGACGCGUGGAAAAAUGCCGCUUUUUACGUGGAUAUCGUUGGAGCGGAUUUGGUGCUACCGACGGAUGCGUUCCGGGUAUUGGAUAUUCAAAUCGCAAAUGCUACUUCGAAACCUGCAGGCUACAUGUCUGUGAUGCAUCGGGUCACUGUACGCGUUCAGUUCCGCGAAGAUGGAAAACAACGAAUUUUGACUUACCUCGUGAAGGAGAAGUCGGACCAAGUUUUAAGUAUUGAAGUAGUAAACAGUUUACUAGCUUUUCCGAAGGAAAUAGAAGUCUACAGCAAAUUUUUACCUGCAUUCGAACGGCUCUGGAUUAACGAAGGAGUUAAAUUUGGACCACGAAUAUUCAAAACUAUAUCUUCGCCGGUACCUUUGCUUGUAUUAGAAGAUUUGAAAACGUCGGACUAUUGCAUGAAAGACUGUAGCGUUGGACUGAGUCUCGAAGACUGUGAGAGAGUGCUGGAACUGUUGGCAAAGUUUCACGCAGCUUCUGUUGUGUACUACGAGCAGAACGGUUCAUACUCGGAUGAUUUUAGUGACGGAUUAUUUACCGACAGAUUGGUUCCACAAUAUGAAGAGUAUUACGUUCCCAUGUUCGACUCAUACCUACAGGCGUUGGAAGAUCUCGGAUAUUCAUCAUCCAUAUUAGACACAUUGAGUCAGUGGAAAGGACAGCUUUAUUCGAAACUUUGUAAAUUAUUCAGGAUAGACCACACAAAGUUCAACGUUCUCAAUCACGGUGAUGUUUGGGUCAAUAACAUUCAGUUCAGCGAAAAAGAUUUACUCCUGAUUGAUUUCCAGAUCCCUUUCUUUGGGUCACCGUCUUUCGAUUUGCUAUAUUUCAUCAUCACUUCGGCUGCAUUCGAAGUUCGAACCGACAAAUUUGAUCAUCUCAUCGAACAUUACCACAGCCACUUGAUUGAAGGAUUGCAGCAUCUGAAUGCCACUACAAAGGGUCCAACGUUGCAGCAGUUACACGGUGACAUUGUCGACCACGGAUUUUUAGCAUGUAUUCUGUCGUUCGAUAGUCUUGCGUUGAUGCUGGUGACGCCAGAACUAGAAUUGGUCCUGGACCUUUUGGUUGCGGAUUCUCCUGCUGGAGUAGAGUACCGGAGAAAGAUAUAUAUGAAUGAUAGUUUUGUGCAAAUGAUAGCAAAACUUAUGCCAUUUAUGUGGAAGAGAGGUUUCUUGGAAUAUCCGGAAUCGUUGAGCGCGGUGUGAACAAAUUUGGUUUUAUAUUCACCGUAAUACAAGAGGCUUUUAAAGAUUAAAUUUUGACGAAAUUAGCUCUUUUGCUUACCGAAUUCUACAUUAUUUUCUCUACGUUUCAACUUGGUAUUAUCAGUGCAUUCUAUCCAAGUAUAAUUCAACUCUGCAGACUGCUGAAGAAAAUAAUAAAUUUGUUCAAUUGGUAUCUACCUAAUUGAAAUACGUAAACAAAA